AUGAACAGCCACUGGCCCGGGGCCAGCAGCUUCUCGCAGAGUGUGAGCAGCCUGUUCAGGGAGGAUAAUAUGCGCGCGGCUCAGAAGUUACUAUCCAGGCUGACUGAGUGGUUUGUGCAGGGAAUGAACAUGUUCGUGGAGACAUUAUGGAAAGUUUGGAUGGAGCUCUUGGAAGUCCUUGGACUCGACGUGUCCAACCUGUCACAGUACUUCAGCCCAGCCUCCGUGUCCAACAGCCCCACCCGGGCCCUGGUGCUGGUUGGUGUGGUCCUCCUGGCCUACUGGUUCUUGUCUCUGACCUUGGGUUUCACCUUCAGCCUCCUGCACCUGGUGUUCGGCCGCUUCUUCUGGCUCGUCCGCGUCCUCCUGUUCUCCAUGUCCUUCGUGUACAUCCUGCAUAAGUAUGAGGGUGAGCCUGAGCACGCCGUGCUGCCGCUCUGCCUCGUGGUGGCCAUCUACUUCAUGACGGGGCCCAUGGGCUACUGGCGGGGCAGUCCCGAUGGCCUCGGCAGCCCCAGCAUGGAGGAGAAGCUGGAACACAUGGAGAACCAGGUGAGGUUGCUCAACAACCACCUCAAUCCGGUGCUGGAGAACCUGGACCGCUCCAAGGACAAGUGAAGGUCAUUUUCCUGGCCGUCCAAGGGUACCUACCAGCUAUUGUGAUGUCAAAAGACAACGGAAGAAGAAAACAGCCAGCGGCAACCCCACCAAACCCCAAACCUUCCAAUAAACUGAACAAGAAUGCCACAGAGGAGGAAGAAUUGUAGCAGCCAGAGGGGUUGAGGACAAGAGAACAUGACCCACAGAGUCAAAUAAGCAGGGCUCAUAGGAGCUCACAGAGAUGGAAGGGACAAUCGUGGAGUCUGAAUGGGUCUGUACUAGGCCCUCCACAUACAUACUGUGGUAGUUAUCUUGAGGGUGUUACUGAACUCCUCACAGUGGGCCUUGGGUAUUUUUGACUAUUUUGCCAUCUCCUGAGAUAUUGUUCCUCCUACUGGGUUGCCUUGUCCAGUUUUGAUAUGAGGUUUUAAUCCUAAACUUACUGCAUCUAGUUAUGCCAUGAUAUCAACUGGGUGGCCUGCUGUUUUCUGAAGAAAAACAGAGGAGCAGUGAAUCUGGGGGAGAGGG